AUAUCUAUAUAACGACCCCCUCCACAAUCCGUUCGCAGCCAUCCGCAGUAUCUCGACCUCUUUCGUAGUCUCUUCUUCCUAACCGAACCCAACCUCGCAGCCAAGCGGAAAAAGUACCUCGUCCCGACACUAGACAAGGUUCUCUCCUCGCUCCUUUCCGACCUCUACACCUGGAACCAUCUCCUUGGCUUCGUUGGCCUGCUUCCCAUACCCACUCUCAAUCGCCAGACCCGAUACUUCCGACGACUCAUCUUUCCACCAUGGGUUUCACGCUGCUCGAUGCGUUCACGCGACAACAGAAACGAGACAUCGCCAUCUAUGCUUUCGGUAUCAUGUGCUACAAGUUCGGCCUCGAAUACUUUAACGGAGCGUUCAUCACCCUCGCCAACGAGCGAUUCACCAAAGAGGAGAGGUACCAGAAGAUCGGUAUCUUGACGGGUACGAACGCCGCUAUGCAAUGUGUCGGCUCGAUCCUCAUCGCCCCGCUCAUCAAACGAUUCCCCACCCGUACCGUCCUGUCCUACGCCGUCCUCACCUUCGGACUUAUCAGCAUGACCCUCCUGAUCUGCGACGCGGCGACCGGUGGGAAACCCAAGAUCCUGAACGGAGGGAAGCAGAAGUAUGGAACGUGGAACCCGAACGGGUUGUUCCCGAUCUACAUCAUCAGUGGGGUGGCUUAUGGGAUGGUCGAGUUGAUAAGGAGGGUCAUCCCGAGGAACAUCGUCGCUGGGGAUGUUCAGAGGCUUCGACGAAUGGAUGCUAUCGUUCACGUUCUCUACGAGAUCGCCGGAACGACCGGUGCCUUUACUUCCCCCGCCCUCAUCUCCAAGUUCGGAUACAACUACUCUUCCUUCCUCUCACCCAUCCUCUUCGCCUCGGCCGCUCUUAUCUGGCGGUUCGUCUCCAACACCGAAGCCGCCGAACGAGCCGCUGCGGAAGAGUCGAGGCUGGAGCAGAUGGAACACGAAGAUCAGGUCAAGAACACCAACUAUUUGAACUCGAUCUGGGUCGGCUUUAGGAGUUUCGGAAAGGCGACGUAUUUCGGAGGCAAGUUGGUGUUGACUCGAAGGAGGUAUGCUUGGUUGGUCAUCGGUUACAGUGCCGCCUUGUACGGUCACCGAUACCUCGAGAACGGUCUCGCUCCCAUCUUUGCCAAACAAAUCCUCGGUACCUCGGCCUGGUCUCAGAUCAUCGUCGGAGGAAGCAACUUUGGUGAACUCCUCGGUGCUCUCAGCGUCCUCCUCUUGACCAACUACGUCCCUACCCCGAUCCCGUUCUUGCGACUGGACGCUCUCGCUCUCAACUUGGUCUGGGUGAUGCCCUUCAUCGCUGCCACCAAGGGAGACGUCGCGGGUGCUUGGAAGGUCGCCGCUUGUUUCAUUCCGAUCUCGUUCGGUUGGGCUGCUGGAGACGUCAGUUUGGCCGCUUACAUUCAGUCGACAUUAGCCAAGCUCGAGAACAUCGACCCGGAUGUCAGCGCUUUGGGUGCUGUCAUGGCUUUCUUGUACGUGACCUACAUCGUCCUAUACGCCGUCCUCAGCGCCGUGCUCGGUAAAUGGGUCGACAAGCAGAUCACCGCCGGUGUCUCUGCUCGUGAAGUCUUGAAGUACGUCGGAGGAACCCAAUUCAGCAUCCUCUGCGUGCUCGUCCUACUCGCUUCGUGCAUUCCUCGAGGUGCCAUCUCGUUCAACCCUCAGCUCAUCGAGGGUCACAGUUCGAACGAGGAGGAGUCGGACGUCCCCGAGGCCGACGAGUACAACUUGCAAAAGGACCAAAAGGAGGCUGUCGUCGGGGCCGGAGUGGAUGGAAAGGACAACUACGUCAACGGAGCUCAGGUUCCUUCCGUCAACAAGUACGACAACUAGUGGUGUUCUUUGUUAUAGUCCGGUUUUGGGAGAACUUCCGGUGGCCGUUCUUUGAAGUAGUAACCAGGUGAUUGUUUGUCUGUCGAUAUUUUGUAUUGAUCCCCCUUCGAUACCCACCCAAGUGAGGAUAUGUCAUAGAUGGCCUAUGUGAUACGGAUUUGGCUGCGGCA